AAAUAAUGGAUUACUUUUUACUAGACCUAAUAUGUAUAUAUAUAUAUAUAUGUAUAUAUACAUUUGCUCAACAGCAAUUAGAAGAAGUGAGACAAGUCGGCAGUUUCAAAAAAGGAACAAUGAUAAAGGGUCACAACGUCGCCGAUAUAGUCGUUAUUCUUAAAACUCUACCGACUAAGACAGCAGUAGAAGCUCUUGGAAAUAAGGUCAACAAUGAUUUGAAAACUGUAAACCCUAAGGAGAUCUUCAGAGUGAUACAAACAGAGCGAGGAUUUGAUAUCGCUAAUAACGAAGCUACUGUUCGUGUAUUAAUAACUACACUGCACCAAAAUCUACGUAAACUGGAAUCCGAUCAACACUUGGAUGUCAAAAUAUGUCAAGGACAUCUCGCUGCCAUCAGACAUUCUCGUUGGUUCGAGGAGAACGCCCAUCAUUCUAGUAUCAAGGUCCUAAUUCGACUACUUCGUGAUCUUAGGAGCAGAUUUGAAGGUUUGGAACCAUUAUCUCCGUGGAUGCUGGAUUUAUUAGCGCAUAACGCUAUAAUGAACAAUCCCAGCAGACAAGCAUUACCAAUAAACCAGGCGUAUAAGAGAGUGCUGCAGUUGCUCGCUUCUGGAUUGUUUCUCCCCGGAUCUGCAGGUAUUUCAUUACGUUCGCUCAAAUUGAUAUUAACUCCAAAAAAUAUAACGGAAUUAGUCUUUGCUUCGGAUGUCUGAAACUUUUAUUUUGUU